AUGCCAAUGGAGGAUGGGUACAAAGUACCAAGAGAGGGGGAGCUUGAAGACAGCAAGCUGUUCCAUGACCCUAAGCUUUAUAGGAAGCUAGUGGGUAAGCUAAUCUACCUAACAAUCACACGACCUGAUAUCUGCUUUGCUGUGAAUCAGGUGAGCCAACACAUGCAAGCUCCAAAGGAUUACCAUUGGAGAAUGGUAGAUAGAGUUCUAAGCUACCUCAACGGAUCACAAAGCCAAGGAGUUUGGAUGGGAUGCAAUGGGAGUACAGAAGUUGUUGGCUACUGUGAUGCAGAUUGGGCUGGAGAUAGAGCAGACAGAAGAUCUACAACCGGCUACUGCACCUUCAUUGGAGGGAACCUUGUGACUUGGAAGAGCAAGAAGCAGAAGGUGGUCUCUUGUUCUAGUGCGGAAGCAGAGUAUAGAGCAAUGCUGAAGCUCACCAAUGAGUUGGUAUGGAUCAAGGGGAUCUUGAAGCACAUUGAGAUUGAGCAAGUGGCGCCAAUGACAAUGCAUUGUGAUAAUCAAGCCGCAAUCCACAUUGCCACCAACUCA